CAUGAAAUACUUUGACAUCUUUAAUACUCGCAUUUAAUAACAAUAUGAUAAUAUUCUAGAGAAAGUAUAACAUACAAAAUAAAAGUUUAGUUGCAACUAAAGAAUAAAGAUCUGAGUGGAGCUGUAGGAUAUCAUAAUUUGAAACAAGGCAUUAAAGAUCUAUUCAAAAGAGAGACUAAGAUCAUUGAUUUUGAAACUACAGACUAAUCCAUAUAAGGAUUGGAUAGUUUUUUAUAGGAAUAAGAUAAAAAAGUACUUAAAUCAAUUAAAUGA